AUGUCCUGGUUGGCCAAAGUAUCCGAUUUUGCUGGUCGUGCCGAGGAUUUGCUCAAUCAGAUUGACCAAAGUGCUGCCGUUGCCUUAAAAAAACCAAAGAAAAAACCGACGGGACGAAGUGACUCGGCUGUGACGCUGAUUAAUAUCGAGGAAGAGAAUGCCGCGCACCCGGGAAAAGCUCAUUCGGAGAUUGUCGAAAAUUCAGCAGUUAGACAUCAUAUAAGGUAA